UAUUAACAUAAAAUUUUUAUUUUAAUCAGUGCAUUUCAACUACAACUUAUAACUAUUAUGAAUUGUUACAACUGAAUUAAUUCAAUUUUGUACUUUUGGGAUUGAUCGGCUCAGUAUUUCCGAAGAUAUUUGAAAAAAAACUAUAACAGAGCUAUGCUGUUACUCUGAUCGUCCUUUUAUCAAAGGGCGCCACUGGAAGUGAUAACAGCCUCCCAGAGCCGGAUCUUAGAUCCUCAGGGUCGGUGUAAUUUAUUUAAUUGUUGAAGGAGAGUAAGGAGAGAGAGAGAGAGGAGAGUAUAGAGAGAGAGAGAGAGAGACGAAACCAUAAUUAAGACCAAAACUUUCACAAGGACAAAAUAAUCAGACGGAACCCGGACAAAAACACGACGACGAAAAAGAUCUGGAGACUUUAACUAGAGAGAAACAAUCAUCUAUGGAUACUUCAACUUAUGAUCACAACCCUGUUGAACUAAUGCCGGGGAAAAAAAAAAAGUUACUACAAAUUGAUGAUUUUUGGCUGAUAUCUACAUUACAUUCGUACAAUUAUCUUAAUAAUCGUUUUAUAAUUUUUAACUGUCAAUGUUAUCAUAGACAUUAUGAUCCAAUUGAUUUCUACGAGAAUAUUUUCAUCAGAAAACAAUCAUAUUUUGCUUGUAUUAUUUCUAAUGAUGACAGUCGCAUACGUCACAUGUGCUUUCCAAUCAUGCUUGGUUCUAUGAUUGAUUUACAUUUACGUCCUCAACAUGAAUUAGAUCCUGAUGUAUUUGGGUGUUUCAUUAUCAAUGGGUCAUUAAAAAUUUUGCCAAACUUUCAAACGAAUAACUUAAAUUCUUUACACAUUUAUAGCUAUAAAGAUGAACGGUGUGUCAGGUGGGUCGUAAAAACUAACAGCAAUACAUGCCGCCUAUAUUAUUCUAAAGUGAAAUCGGAACAAGUUCUGUGUGAAUUCACCGAAACUCCGAACUCGGCAAAUACUUCAACUGAUGAUGAUUGUUUCUUUUCAUUCCUAGAGUUUGAUAAAAACGAUCACAGUGAUACUAAUCGUAAAAAAAAUUUGAAUGGAUUACAAAAAGACAAUGAUAAUUGGAUUAACUUUAUCAAUCGUGUAAAUCCAUAUAAGUGUAAUGAUAUAACUGUAGAUAAGUACAUUGAUGUAUUUCAGUUAUUAUUGCAAGAUUAUCCACAAAUCGAUGAUUUAGCAAACAAAACUAUUAUUACUGCACCUAUGAUUCUUUAUCGCGUAGUGACUAUGACCAAACAUACAAAAUUAAAACAAAUUUUUGAGAGUGGCAAUCUUUUUUACGUUUUGUCAAAAAAAAAACAUAUGACAUUAAUUAAAGAUUUUGCUAAUAUGUAUUUAAAUAUCGAGGGACAAAAACAUGAUAAAAUUCGAUACAUGUUAGAUCUGACAAAACGUUCGAUCAACCGGCAGACAAGAAAUAGCAAAGCUUUGUUAUAUCCACGUGAUGCUGACUAUUUUAUAUGCUAUUUAACAUGUAAAGAAAUGAAAGAUGCAGGUGAGACAAUUAGUUUUGCACACUAUGUCACUAUCACCCUUCCAAUUAAUGAUAGGUUGAUUCAACAAGAAAUAUUUCAGUCGCAUGACUAUGAUACUCCACAUGGUCUCCGUAUAAUUAUUAACGGGUUUUUAACUAACUGUUAUGUUUACAAUUCUCUAGAUUCUCUAAUUAACUUCAAACGUCGACUUCCAAUGAUUACAUUUUUUCGCUUAGGUAAUCGAUAUCUAUUUACAUAUACAAAAGGAUAUGUUUUAGUCAAAUACAGCAGUAAAUAUAAUAUAUUUGUAACACCAUAUGAAGCACAAAAUUUAUUUCCGGAUUGCUUCGAUAAUUAUUCCCAGUUCAGCCGUUUUGGUUGUUUUGCCCGGCAAUUGUCAUCAUCUAUACUAAAGACACCACCACCAAAAUGUACAGUUACUAUCAAUAAUAUAAGAGGUGCAUGUAAUGUUCUAAAUAGUCGAUUUAAAGCUCAAGCUUUCCUUACAUCGAUUGGUUAUAAUAGCGCUAUAAUCUAUCAACGUCAUGGUGAGAAUGAAUUACUCUCAUCACAUAAAAAAUACUCAAGAAUAUCAUUAUGUAAAAAAGAUGAUACUGGUGGUGGAGAUAAAUUACUACCGAUUGCUCGAGAAACUCAUAUCGCCUUUGCGUGGUUGAAAUACGCUGAAAGAUUCGACAUAAAACCAAAAAAUCAAUCAAUAAUUGACAGUUAUUUUGAAGAAUUAGAUGCAACAAUUUUGAAAUCAAAGCAGUCAGCUAUACCCCGCGAUGGUAGUGAAUUUUAUGGUGUCAUUACUGACAUGAUAGAUCCGAACGCUGAUGUCAGUAAUGAGUUUUACUUGCAAUUUUUGAAAAAUGUCUUGCCAAUUAAAUACAUAUUUAUUGACAAUCGUUUUUCUCUUAUUAUGAAUAAUGAUGAAAAUGAAGUUAAUUUGUUACAUCGAGCAACAGUAAAAACUAUUACUAAUAUACCUGAAUACAAGCAAUAUCUUUGGAAUUUAAUUAGUAACGAUAACAUGGUAAUACCUCUGUAUAAUUAUACACCAAUUACAUUGAUUAGUAAUGAUAACGUUCUCAGUAAUUCUCCAGAAAUACCAUCAGUUUCACAAAAGGAACCACCACAAAAACGAAAAUAUAAUCGUAAUAGUUACACUAUAACAGCACCUCAAAAACGAUGCAGUAAAUCUUCAAAAACAAAAAGGAUUCAAAAUUCUUCGAUGUUCAAAUCGAUGGAAAUUAUGACAGAUUGCAAAGAUUAUUAUAAUUUAUACACCACUAAAUUAUUCAAUGUAUUAUGUUGCAACGAUUAUACAGAUCGUAAUACGAACCAACUAGUGUUGUACUGUGCUUUUGGUGAUGUUGGUGGUGGCUGUAUUGAAGAUGGUAUUAUAUUAGAUGAAACUUUUGUUUCUAAUGCUCCAAAUAAAUUAAUUUCAGUAACAUUAGCAGUAAAAUUUAUGACUCAUGAUAGUGGUUAUAAUGGUAAUGAUAACAAGUCCAAUAAUUUUCCUAAAAAUCAAUUAGAAAAACCAAAUCCAUCCGAAGAAAAUGAAAUCAAUUUAAAUGCACCUCAAAAAAAUAGAAGAACUUCGAGUAAAUCAUCACAAUCUCUCAGUAUAAAGUAUUCACCUAUAAAUCGUGAAAUUGAUAAAUGCCUUAUUUUUGGAGUGAUAUCAAGCAAUCAAAGAUUACUCACCUUCAAAAGCAAAAAUGUCAACAUUGUAGAAACUAAUUUGAAAACACAUAAUUUUUACGUCAUUUACUGUGUUGAAUUCACUCACUAUAAAAAAACUAUAGAAUCAUACUACAAUGAAAGUACUAACACCUUAAUAAUUCAUUAUCGAUACAUGAGACCUAUUGGAAUCGAUAUGAAAUUUUGCAAUAAACAUGGUCAGAAAGCAAUUGUUUCAUGUGUUCGUGAUUUGAGUUAUUAUCGUGCUUGGACAAAGAGUGGUAAAUGUAUACAUCCACAAGUAUUAUACAGUAUGCAAAGUGUCAUCGGACGGAUGGCUGCUGGACAAGUGCAUGAAAUGUUAUCUAACGAAGAAUGUGGAUUUAGCGAAAAUGGUGAAGUAGUAGCACCUAUGUCAUUUGUCAUUCAUUCUGUGGAAUCUUCAGUUAAAAGUAAAAUAACAGCAGCAUUGAGAAUAGAUUUAAUGACUCAACAAAAUGGUUUUGAUGCAAAUAUGUGUACUGGGUUAGCAUUACUAGCAACCACACAGCAUGCUGGAAAUUUUACAGAUAGCUAUGCAAGAUUGCAUUAUCUAAAAGAAUUAUUCAAAUUGAAUGGUAUUAAUUUUGAAUUUUUGUAAGAAUCACGCAUUGAAAUGAGUUCUGCGAAUCAAAUUCCUGCUAAAAUUAAUUUUUUACAAAUGUAAAAAAAAAUUUGAAUGAUUAAAAAUUUAAUCAUCAGUAAUCGUCAAAAGUCGAUUUAUUAUUUUACGGUUAAAAACGAUUCUGGACGAUUAAAAAUUUCAAAUUGUCAUGAAUCGUAGAAUAAUAUUGCAAUUUUUGGUUCCACAUGAAAAUUAAAAACAAUUUAUGACGAUUUGAAACGAUUAAAAAUUUAAUCGUUUUUAAUCCUCUUUAUCGUCAAUUGAUGAUUCAUGACGAUUGAAAACGCUUAUGACAUUUUUAAUCGUCAGUGAUUGUAUUUUCUAAUCAGAGGAGUUAUUAUCUGAAAUUUUUUACUUUGAAAAACCUUUGGAAUACUUUCGAGACGAAUGUUUUUGAACUUCUAGACUUACAUUUGUAUGUACUUCUUAGUGAGUAUCAUUAUUAAAUAGGGAACCAAUUAAUAAAUAUUAAUGAACAGUAAAAUAAUAUUUCCAGCCAAUGAAAUGAAUCAAGCAUGUUACAGACUGUAAUAUAAAUUAAAGUUCUAAUAUUUUUAAAUAACAGUUUUAAUGUUUCAUUUUUUUGAAUCUUGUGCAUUGUUAUUACUUUGAAACUUCAACCUUUUUUCAGAUCUUCCUUUAAUUGUUAUUUUUUGUUUACCAAUCAUUCAAGUACCUAUAUUUUAGUAGAUUUUAUAGAAAUUCAGUUUUUCAAAUUGUGCAUACUUGUGUUACGUCCCAGCCUGCUCAUCAGAUGUCUCUGACUAUUUUUAAAUACUAAUUAUUAAGAGACCGAUCUGGGACCUAACUAAUUAACUAAGAUGUAUAUUGAUAAUUUAGCAAGUUGCAUAAUUAAUAAGUUACUCUAUAUUAUAGGAUAUAAUAUAAUAUAAUAAUAUAGCAUAACAUAAUAAUAUAAAAUAAUAGAACAUAAAAUAAUAUGAUAUUAUUUAGAAUAUUUGAAACAUAUUGAUAAAGUUAUUUUUCUCUUAAUAUUUGUUAUGUAUAAAUAAACGCUGACGCCUCGAGUAAAUCCUCGAGACGUGCAGCUGCACAAACAUCUAUUUUGUUCUAAGAUAACUUUUGUUCAUAGAUAAGUGACUCAUUUGUUAAUAACAAAAACGGAAAAAGCGUGAGAACGGAGAAUGGAUCAUUCGAGAAUAUUGCUUAUCACGAUCCACCCCUCUAUAUCGAACGAUGCGCGGGCCUGAUGCCCAAGCGCCUCGUAUUGAUAAGAGACUUACUCUAGUUUUUCUCGAUCAAGAGAAGUCAGUCUGAAAUAUAGAAUCAUAGAGAGCAGUCAGGCUCAAUACUAAAUACUGAACUUCUUUCUCACCCUUUCGAAGUUAUUGUUAGACGAACUUUAACAAUUUAUAAAUUGAUUCAAUUGUAU